CUGCGCAUGUCGUUUUAGUGUUCGAGAAUGUAGAUUUUCAGUACUUACGUUUGUAACACUGACCGGUAAUCAUUAACCUAAUGGAUUUAUGUUAUUUUUAUAGGUUGCCCUUAAAAAUUACGUUUUUAGGGUAUUGACUGAUGCAUUUAGUAGCACAGCCCAGGCGAGUUGUUUUGAUUGACUAUGGAUCUAUUCUUUGUGUACUAGUUUUUACUGGUCUCAUCCUUAAUAUGAACUAAGUUAAUGUAAAUGGAUGUAAAUUAUAGAUCCAUUAAGUAGACACCAUGUGCAUCGUCUAUUUGGCUGCGUUUUUAUUUAGCCUUACAUCAGAGCAAUGUUCCUCCAAAUUGAUAGAAGAUUCCAGUCAGAGCUUCAUGGAGAGGAUGCACUCAGGAAAGACGUCCUUUAUAUACUUUGGAAAUCAUGUCAACCCAACCAUCAAACUGUUCGUGGAGCAGCUUGUGAUGUCAGCUGAUGCCCUGCAGGACUAUGGAAUAUCUGUUGUGAAGGUGAACUGUUCUAAAGAUGCUAUAGCUAACUACUGCACAGGAGAAAAGCUAAUGACCAGGGCAUACUUGUUCAGGGGCUCUGAGGUCCUGAGGAGUUUCGACAUCGAUACCGUAUUUGACGUCAAUGCAAUUGUUUCUCAUGUCCUUUUCUCUGUCCUCUUCAAUGAAGUCCGUUAUGUGCACACACCUGCUGAGCUGCUGCGCGUGGAGAGCACGGCCAAACAAAACAGUGACAUUGUGGUCGGUCACAUACCAGUGCUUGGCCUUCCAGAGCACCGGGCUUUGAUGGAGGCAGCGUUUGUGUAUGGAACCAAAUAUCAGUUUGUCCAGACGACUGGCACUUUGGUUCUAAAACAUAUGGGGGUUGUCGAUCCCUCUUCCUCACAAGCACGGCUGUGGUUUCUGCACUGUAAAGGUGUGUCCAGGCGGUCUGAUCCGUGUCCCAGCACUCCCAUGAGGAAAACACUCAACACCAUCAACAUACACACCUUCCUGCAGCUGAUGGAAGCACCUCUAGUGCCACAGACCCAGCACCUGGACCGGGCCACCGCUCAAACUCUCGCCCUGCAGCUCCGUGGGGAGGUCGGAGUAGUGCUCAUUCACAGGGACAGUCCGAACGUGAAAGCUGCGCUGAAAUACAAUGCUGCUUACAGACUCCCACAGGAGGAUGUGACAUAUUUUACCCUGAAUAGCGCCGAAGGGGUUGUGAAACUUUUCAAAGAAGAACUUCUGCAAGAACACAAGUUAGAAGACGAAGAGGAAGAUGAGGAACAUUGGUCAGAUCUUGAUAUUCUUGAUGAUGAGGUGUCAGAGUCUGUGUACAGAGACCGUGAUCUUAUGCUGGAUCUGGAGUCUGUUAUUGAACUCACUUCAGACACUUUUCAAACAACAGUCACACAGAAUGAGAUCACAGUGGUGCUGUUCUAUUUUAAAUGGGAUGCUGUCUGUAUGGCUUUCAUUCAGUCAUAUAUAGAGGUGGCAGAUGCACUUGAAGGUAUGAAUGGGGUAAAGUUGGCGGCAGUAAACUGUGGAGAAUGGACUGACAUUUGCAGUGACCAGAAUGUCACUUCCUUUCCCACUGUCCUAAUCUACCGGCCCAUGGCUGAGGCUCAGCUCUAUAGGGGAAUGCUGGGAACCAAGUGUCUACACGGGUUCAUACUACUGAGUCUGGUCUCCAGUCCUUACCUUCUCUCUUCCUCUGCUGAGGUGAUGUCGUUCUUGGAGGGUGAUUUGUACAGUAAACAUAUGUAUCUGACCCCUGUCAGAGUGCUGGGCCUUUUCAGUUCAACACAUGACAUGGGUGUAACUCCAUUUGAAGAAGCUGCCAGACUCCUCAGAGGAGAGACAAUUCUUGGGCUGUUUGCCCACAAAGAGGCAGAGCAAUGGGUGGAGGGACUGUCAGUAAACCUGCCUGCUCUACUGGUGUCCCGUGGCCCUGGAGUUCCUCAUGAGGUCUAUUCUCUGCCAUCAUCCUCACCAACGGACCUUGUCUCACUCAUAAAACAAGUGGAGCUGGAUCGUUUCCCUGAACUGACCGUGGAGAAUCUUCCCUGGUAUUUGGAGCUUGGGAAACCUUUGCUGCUGCUUUUUAUCGGAAAGGAGGACAGUACAGAGAGUACGAAGGCUUUAGCAGAGAUAAAGCGACCACUGAGCUCUGGACAGCUGGAUUCCUUCCUGCCAUGUUGGAUCCAUCUAGGUCGGACACCUGUCGGGAGAUCUAUCCUGGAAAAGUAUCUUGGCUUUGUACCUCCGCUUCCUGUUUUGGUUAUGUCACGGUUAAAAACUGGAGAAGAGGUGUUCCUUUUCCCCCCAGAGCGCCCCCUAAUGGCUAAGAACAUCCUGCAGUGGAUUCACGAUGUGCAAAGCGGACAUGAACAACCAGCAGGCUUGAUCCCAGAUGGGAAAUGGGGCCCUCCUGUGCCAUUCUUUGACUUUCUGGCAAUAAUGGACCAAGAAGCACCGACUUACGCAGCUCAGAGGGCUCCUAAAAUGAAGACGGGGGGCAGGGAAGACCACAGAGAGCAGAAGCAUGUGACCCAAAACCAAAGACAGACCCCACAUCCAUCACCAAACCCCCAAGCACCUCGCCAGCACUCUGAACUAUAAAGUCAAGUCUUCUCGUGGCACAGAAGGUUAUGUAAGCAAUUCACAUGACUGCUUGACAUCUGUUAGAUUUUGCAUUACGUGUGACAUCUUCAGUGCUAUUUGGAGAAAUGUGUGUAUAUCAGAACUCGGGUAUCACACAUUUUCCAACUUACUUCCCACAAAUCAAAUGGACUUUUCCUAAAUGAAAUCAAGAUAGUUUACAUUUUAGUGCUGUAACUUUAUACCGUAUACACAGAAUGUGUUAUUUAAAACCUGAAAAAGACCUACAAGAAUGUAUUCAUUUAUCCGACGCAUUUAUCUAAAUGUUUUUGACCAGAUUGUAUUAUUCCAAUUUCUACAGUGCCUGUUUGGGAAUGUUUUUUAUACAAACAUAGAGCUUCACAUAUGGAUGACAUUUGUAAAUGUGUACACUGUCUCUUGUUUCAGUCAUGGAAGAACAGAGUUGUUUUUUUUUGUUUUUGUUUUUUUUUUACAUAUCAUGCUGCUUUCAUGAUGGAAAGAGUAACGUCAGACCUGAAAGAGGCUGCUUCUUUGGUUGAUUGCAUUGUUAAAGUUAAUUAGCGUCACAUUUAACAAGGGAAGAACUACUUUUUAAUUGAAACCGUAGUCACUAAGUGAGCCCCCCGUCUUUUGUGUGCUGCCGGGAUCUGUAUCUAGUAUUUAAACUCUAAUGCAGAUGUUUUCGGGAACUUGUUAAAUAUCAGUCUUUUUGGUAGUGAAAUGCGAUCCCAAUAUGUGGUUGGAUGCACAUGCGUUUUCACGUGAGAAGAAAUGUUCAUAUAUACACUCCUCCAUGUGAAGGUCAUUAUAUAGGAUAAGCCUGUAUGGAAACUCCAUAAGCAUACUUGACCUCUGUUUACAGUAUCUGUGCUAUUUCCUCCCUCUCAAGAGAUCUCUGACUUCUGCAAUGAACAUCAUUUCAGCAGUUAAGCAGAAUGGUGCUUUAUUGAAAAGUAGAGUCUCACUGGAGUGUUUAUCGUGUUCCAUAAAGAUAUUUUGUACAUUUCCUGCUGUCAUUUUUUAUUAGUAAUAUGCAUUUGCUAAGGACUUCAGUUUGACAACUUUAAAAGCGAUUUUCUCAUUAUUUCGAUUUUUUUUUUGCACCCUCAGAAUCCAGAUUUAAAAAUAGUUGUAUCUUGACCAAAUUUUGUCCUAUCAUAACAAACCAUAACUCAAUGGAAAGCUUCUUUAUUCAGCUUUCACGUGAUGUAUAAAUCUCAAUAUCCAAAAAAGUGUGCCCUUAUGACUGGUUUUGUGGUCCAGGGGUCACAUAUUUUCCAAAACCUAGUAAGCUGCCUUGGUAAUAUUGUCUAUGUAGGCAAUAGCUAAGCUUGUUCAGCAUGUAGCUAAGCUAACAGUGUGAUACUCUAAUAAGCUCAAACAAAUACAAUAAAACGUAUGCACAAAUGUUGUAUUAUUGAAUUGAAAUAUUCCUUACUUUAAGUUUUCAGCAUCAUUACUCCAGUCUUCAGUGUCAAAUGUUCUUUUAGAAAUAAUAAUUUGCUCUAGAAGCAUUUCUUAUUAUAAUAUUAAUCAGUGUUUAAAACAGUGGUGCUGCUUAAUGGUUUUGUUUUCCAGGAUUUUUUUGUUUUCGACUGAUUUCAUUGACUGUCCCCAAACUGUCCAUCUGUAGUGUGUGUAUUCAUAAAAGCAGUCACUUUGGCUUUGUUUGUUUUUGGCAGUCCAGUUACAUAGUCAAAUCUUAAAAGUGAAACAUGACAUGAUGUUUGGCCAUUAGUGAAUCGUCUCGCAGCGUCUGGCAAGAAAUGACUUCAGAUGUUAGCUGGGAGUUCAGUUACUGAGGAAAGGCACUAGGGAGCAUUCAUAUCAUUUUAUUGAUUUUGAGUAGAAGCUCUUAUGGUCCCAUCGAUCUUUAGACGAAUUCUUGAGAACUUAGAUGAAAUCCACACUAAACCAACUUAUUAUUAGAUUUCCAGAUAGUCACAUGAUCUGAAUGUAAUUUUGAUUUUAAAAAUUAAUGCGGAGCUUUUAUGUGAGGUCAGCCUGCCUGUUGGUUAGGAUGUUUGUUUUAUUCAUUUACUCUUGACUAACACAUGUCCAGUCAAUUGCCUGUGGUGUAUCCGUCUCUUCAACCUCCUGACCUAAAACAAACAAAAAGCAUGUUUUUGAAAUCGAAAAAUGUAAAGGAUGUUUUGAAUUUCCUUGUACAAUAGAGUAAUGGUUCUAUAAUGGGUUUUUUUUUUCUGUGGCUUGCACUGUAAAUUAUAAAGGAGGUUGUAAGUUUUGAAGAUUACAUUGCUGAUUGAGG